UUCAUAAUCCAGGUAUCCUGAGCAGUGUAUAAAACCUCACAGGAGGCUUAUUGCAAGUUGUACAAUGCAUUAUAACUGCAGCAUAAUGCAUUAUUCCCGCAGGCUAUGAAGCGUUACCCUUUUUCUCUGGGAAUACAAACAAUCCCUAGUCCCUACUACACCCUUAGUACUUUGACGAGGAUGACUACAUCACAUGGAGGUGAGAUCAAAUGUCCAAUGAUGAAACCAUUAUACAAGCAGGUUAAAUGGGGAUGUCCUACUUGAAGACUCUCUUGUACGUGUACACACAGACACACCUGUACGGCUCCUGUGAUGGCCCAUACCAUAUAGUAGUAAAGUAUAAUUUCUUUCACUGAGUAUAAAUUGACAUUGCUUGCCCACUAAAAGUUGCUGAAUCGGCCUACAUGCUCUCCUGUCAUGACUUGGGUAUAUUUGGGACUCUGCCCAGUGUCCACUCAUGUGAAAAGGCCAUUCUUCUGCACUGGCCUGCGCCGAGUUUAGCAUCAUGGGAAUGACUGCCAACACUGUCAUACCAGCUCAAUUCCCAUGAGAAAACAUUUGAGUUGAACCAAAUAAAACGAACGGAAGGGAGUAGGGUCAUUUGAGAUAACAUGUUGAAAGAAAGACAGAGACGUAGCUAUGAAACUGUAAUUUUUUGCCUACAGCCUAAUAAGUCAGGAUGAGAGAGGACAGGAGAGUGUGCUGGGGAGGGAGACGAAUCUGUACCAAAGAGCAGUCUCCCGAGCACACUCUCAUGGGCAGACGGUAAAGGUUGUGUUGCCACCUAGUGGACAUAGGCACCAUUGCAAUUUCACUCAGCAAAUGUCACUCAGUUUGUUUUACACGUCCUACUUGCACUUCAGUAAUAUUGUAAAGAAGUAAAUGAAUGCACACAUCUUUUUUUAAAUCCAAGGUAGAUUAUGGUGUUAUGCUCGAUUUCAUAUCAAGACUAAACAUGAUAAAUUAGAAUACAGGAUAGACAUUUUCUAUGAACAUCAUUUUCAAUGGAAUCAAUCCCAUAGACAAGCAUAAUGCUUUAAUUCUUGUGACUCAGUGAGCACUUUGUCACUUUCGGUCUGCCUUGAGUGAAUCUUGUAGCCCAUGACCUUUUGUGACCUUACGUGACCUGAGAAGAUACUUGAGGAAAGCCAUAGCCAGGUAAAUGUAGAGGUGGGUGGGAAUGGCAUGUGAUGUCACGGCUAGACACGGUGGGAAAAGCAACAGGUAGCUAGCUCAAUGUAUGCUAGCGUUCCUGACUGUAGCAUCACAGACCACACCUGUGAAGAUGGCCCAGGUUAAGUCACCCGUGGAUGGUGUCAAGAGUCAGCAGCAGCGUGCAGAGAUGUACUCUGAUAUUACCAUCGUCAGCUCCAGCGCAGAUGUGGGCAGCCCAGCCAGAAAAGGCCCAUUUGACAGUAUGGCCCUAGGCCUCAGCAGGCGUGGGAGAGCCUACCAAUCCCCAGCGCGCAGGCGCCAUCGCACCACCUUCAGUCACAAGCAGCUGGACCAGCUGGAGAUGGCGUUUGGACAGAACCACUACCCCGACAUCUACUGCCGUGAGGAACUAGCGCGGCUCACCAAACUCAAUGAGGCACGCAUACAGGUAUGGUUCCAAAAUCGCCGUGCCAAAUACCGCAGGCAGGAGCGUGCGUCUCAGAAGCUCUUGCCAAUGGCCAUGAUGCCAGGGCACGGGGCACUGUUGGGCAGCAUGUGUGUUCAGUCCACAGGGUUGACCCGUCAGUACUACCCUCACUCCCUGGCUCACCAUAUCCCCCGGUUCCCUUCUAUGCUGCCCUCAGGUGGUUACUCCCACUCCCACCACCCAGGCUCAGCCAGCCAGUGUUCCUGCCCCACAGUCCCACCAGAGCCACAACCCCCCCGCCAGCACGAGGAGUGGUACAGCCCUCUACGGAACAUUGGAGCCCCACCCAGCAACCUGGCCACACCUGUGUUCUCCCUGACCUCCCUGCCUGCUCUAGACCCUGGCUCUCACUGGAACUAAAGAAAGAGUAACUUCUACGUCGGGAAGUAGACAAGCUCUUAUAGGCUGUGUCUCGAAGAACAGUUAUUCAUUGCACCUUAGAUUAGAUGACAAAAUACAGUUUUUUUUGUAUCUAUACAGUGAUAGCUAGUAACUAAAGAACAGGAAGAAUUUAGAGAAUAGUGAAAAUGACUAAACUCCUUCUCCCAUUGAA